AUGCGUCGAAUACCGAGAGUCAACAGGUCAAUUGACCUUCUUAGCAGUAAAUAUGCUUCAACCCAGUCACCGAGUGUCUGUCUAGGCUGCAGGUUUCAAGCCGCCUCCUUCUCAACAUCGCCGUCUCGACCAUCUCCAACAAGCGACGAGAAAAUCCCAAUAACAGGCAGACUUCGAAACAAGAUAUGGGGAACCACAGAACCGCCGGGAGCGAAAGAUCCAUAUGCGAAUGAUAGCCUGAAGACAGAGGAAGGAGAAACAGAACUAGUCACGGAAUCGGCUGGAAAGACUACGAAGGAGCCAAAACUUCAGGAACUACCAAAACCAAAAAAACACAAGAAGGCCAAAACAUGGGAUGAUUUAGAAAUGGUUGGGGACUUGCAAAAAAUGAGCUUGUCAGGAGCCAAGUUUAAGCCAUUUGCUCCCAGAACGGUGGUUGAGGAUUCACAUGAGCUGAUUGCCGCUCUACAUCAAGCUGUUGUGGAUGUCUUUACCUUGAAGAAUACCGGGAAACCAUACUCGGACCUUGUACGUCUGCCAAAAAAAUUGAUGCUCGAUCGUGCUCGGUCUGCCAAAAUCGUUCCUACUGAGGAUGGUGCGGCUCUGGAGUAUGAAGAACAGGGCGCCGCAGAUAAGGUCUUUGGAGAUGUCGAGGUGGAUGCGCAUCUAGAAGAUCCCGCAAGCCAAGCGGAGGUAGAAAGGAAUUUGGUCGCCAAAGAUUCGCAGAGAGCUAGAGAUCUUGUCAAAUCAUUCGAUAAAGCAUGGUUAGAUGUUCCUCUUCGCGACCUGGAUCUCAAGUUUGCUCUUUUGAAAAGGGUCUUCCGACUGACAGGCGUCAAGUUCCCGGAUUCCCAGGUGCAGAAUUUACAUACCGUUCGAUUCAUCCUUUCGAAAAUGCUGAAGAAGCCGGAGCCAACGAAGCUCGUGGGUGUUUUGACUCGAAAUGUCGAUCUAAAGGCCUUGUCAAAUGUGUCAAUUUCUCCGACGAGGAUUACAAAAACAGCCAAGUCUAAGAAACUUGGUGAACUGAAGCUUAUCAAUGCGGAGUUGGAGAGGAAGGGUUUGCCAGUGGGUGUUGUUAGGAACCAGUCAAACAAAUUCCAGAUCAGGAGUAGUCGCUGA